GUUGAGCCCAUCUGGCACUCUCUCCCCCACAUCCCCAUGCCAUGCAGCUACUUCAACCACGUCACUCGCUCUGCCACUCCCACACAACGCUCCCUCAAUUGGAAACUGCCGAUUUAUUCCAUUCCCACCUGAAUCAACCCGCCAUGAAGCUAAAUCGCCUUAGCAACGGCGUUUUGAGGCCUUUACUCAAACACUUGGCGACCUCAAGAACAUUCUCCUCCUCCUCUACUUCAGCAUCCUCUGUUCCCAAAUGGGAUGGCGGUGUAUCAAUGGUUCAAGGAGCCUCAAGAGGGAUUGGCCUUGAAUUUGUUAGACAGUUGUUAGAGACAAGGGAUGAAGGAUAUGUUGUUGCAACAUGCCGUAAUCCUAGUGCUGCAACAGGGCUAAUGGAAUUGAAAAAUAAGUUCAUUGAAAGGCUUGACAUACAGAGGUUGGAUGUAACAAUUGAAAGCACUAUGGAGGAAACAGCUAAUGCUGUCAGAAACAAAUAUGGCUCUCUAAACCUUCUUAUCAAUACAUCCGGAAUUCUCUCAAUACCUGAUGUUCUGCAUCCAGAAACUACAUUGAGCAAAGUGCAACAGUCGUCCUUGCUUCUUGCAUAUGAAGUUAAUGCUGUCGGUCCUAUUCUGGUCACCAAGCACAUGUGGCCUUUGCUGAAGGUUGGAGGUGGCUCUGGGACUGAAAGAGAGGUUGCUGUUGUGGCAAACUUAAGUGCCAGAGUAGGAUCAAUUGGAGAUAAUCGACUUGGAGGUUGGCACUCAUAUCGUGCAUCAAAGGCAGCACUUAAUCAGUUGACGAAGACAAUGUGUGUGGAAUUUGCUCGUAGAAAAGAUCCACUUAUAUGCCUGCUCUUGCAUCCUGGGACAGUCGAUACAGAUCUCUCGAGACCAUUUCAGAGAAAUGUUCCAGAAGACAAGCUUUUCUCCAAAGAGUUCUCAGUGCAGAAACUGUUGAGCAUCAUUAAUAAUGCAAAGAACCCUGAUAAUGGCAAAUUUUUUGCCUGGGAUGGUUCAGAAAUCUCCUGGUAAUUCAGCUAACAGAUACAAAAAUUACAAUUACCUUUUGGUUCCUAUGAGCGGAAUGAAUUGAGAGGGGGGAGGGGAGACGGGGUGCAAACAUGCGCCAUGUUGAAGUAGCUCGUGUUUGGUUGUAUUGUUUACCAAGUUACUAGUGCUCGAGAGUUUUUACUUUUUACACGAAUGAUGUUACUGUUGCAAAUUUUAAUCAAUAUAUUCAUUCCUAUUUUUGUCU